AUGGUGGAUGAUGCAUCUGUCAAUCAGAUAACGAAGGACAUUAGAAAGGAAAAUAAGUCCUUGAAGAAUAGAAUUCAUAGUAUACUUUUGGACAGUAAAUUUCUCGAUGAGAAGGUGAUUCCGUUUUUCCCAUAUCCUUUAGUACCUAAUGAGAGAUGUGGCCUAUGGUAUUGUAAACGUGCUAACUUCACCACUACCAGUUACUUUAAAAGCACAGAUGGUCAUAUAAAUCAGUGGGAUUUCAGCACCAGGAGGUUAAACUUCCAUCUGAUCCCCCUUAUAGAGGAACAGAAAGGAAUUAUUAUCAUAGAUAGUACUCGUCGAGGGAAAAAGAUCCCUGAUGCGUUAAGUAAAACUGUUCCAAUUUGGUGUGCAGUGCUUAACACCAUGAUCCUACAGCAUUGUGAAAAUGAAGAAGAUAAGUCAAGAGAGGUACUGUUUGUUCCGCCAGCUACUGUAUCAAAGUCCGAGUACGAAAGAAUAAAGAAUAAAAUACCUGAAUUAGUGGAAAAAUUAUGCAAAUUGGAUGUCAUCGAUGGUAAGAAAUUAUAUGAGCAAUUUGAAGGAAAUCUAUUGAGACCUAUAUGGAUACACCCAGGAUCAAGUAUUCUUCAGUCACAGUUCGAUCCGUUCACUGGUGAAAUUGUGUCCAAUUCUUCAUGGGAAGAGCCAUCUAAAGAAGAAAAAAUCAUCCCUAUUGUACUAUGCACAGUAAGUUAUCAAGUUCAAGACGGUGUCGACGUUCGAGACGGGUUUACCUAUGUUCAAGGUGCGGCUGACGAUCAUGAGUUGUGGUCUCACGGAUUAAGUCCACAACUGUUUUGGGAUAAUAUAGAACUAUUGAACAAUUUAGAACUAUCUGAAGAAAUGUUAGAAGAUUAUGUCGAAGAAAUAUUACUAUCUGAAAGUAUGAAGAUCACAAAUUUAGAGGUUGAUGGAGUCUUCAAAUCGAUUGAUAAAAUUACUGAAGAACUUUACCUAGGUAAUAUUGUAGAUGGUUUAGAAAUCAAGCAAAAUUUAAUGGAAAUGUUCAACAAGUCGUAUUCAUUAGUGAUUAUACUAAGUAACUCAAUCAAGCUUGCCUCUGAUGAGCAAAAUGAACAGUCAGCAAAUGCCAAAACUUCCAAAACUAACAUUAUAAAACUGUUCAGACUGCAGAGUGGGUCCAAAAAGAGUUCAAAAGAACUAAGAAGCUGUCUUCCAGAAAUUUGCGACCUUUUGACUGACGAAUUGUCUUCAUCCGGUUCAACAAAGAAACCUAUUUUGGUAUGUUGCAACAACGGAUCUGAUAUGUCAAUUGCAGUAAUCCUAGUCACACUCUCCAAGUUUUACACACAAGAAUGGAGAAGAACAUCAGAACAUACAGAAAUCAACAAAAUUACCAUCAGGAAGCAUCUAACCAAAGUCAUUUCACAUUUAGGAGGACGAAAUGUCAAUCCCUCCAGAGCCACUCUGAACAGUGUAAAUGACUUUUUGAUGUAA